CCUGUGGAGCCAAUCAGGUCCCUCCCUACCUCAGAUCGUAGCUAUAAUACAUAGGAGUAAAGAGGCUUCUCGCAUAAGUGGCCGUGGCUUCAACUAACGUUUUGAUUUCGAGGUCAGUCUUACCUUUCCCAUCCGCGCCGCAAACCUCCGAUGCGCUCCAUUAUCACGCGCACAUUUCCGCACCUGUCACGGUAGGGGACACGCUUAAAGUGAACCGGAGGAGGAGACGGCAAGGACAUCGCUGGAAAUCCGCGCAUUGAUAACGCAGCACGAGAGAUCCCGGUAGACGGACUGCACGGGGCGCUCUGUAAAACACCGCAUCCCGGGAUUCGCGCGACAUUCACCGUGCCAAAAUGCGGCUUAUGACGAGACUGGUGCUGGUGUCUUUUCUCAGUCUGUCCUUGGUGCUCUCCGGACUGGCCUGUGGUCCUGGCAGAGGCUACGGCAGAAGAAGACAUCCGAAGAAGCUGACACCUCUCGCAUACAAGCAGUUUAUACCUAAUGUCGCGGAGAAGACCUUAGGAGCCAGCGGCAGAUAUGAGGGCAAGAUAACCCGCAAUUCAGAGAGAUUUAAAGAACUUACUCCAAAUUACAAUCCCGACAUUAUCUUUAAGGAUGAGGAGAACACAGGCGCGGACAGACUCAUGACACAGAGAUGCAAAGAUAAGCUGAAUUCACUGGCCAUCUCUGUAAUGAACCAGUGGCCAGGGGUUAAGCUGCGUGUAACCGAAGGCUGGGAUGAAGAUGGUCACCAUUUUGAGGAAUCACUCCAUUAUGAGGGAAGAGCUGUUGAUAUCACUACCUCUGACCGAGACAAGAGCAAAUAUGGGACUCUCUCACGGUUAGCAGUGGAGGCUGGAUUUGACUGGGUCUAUUACGAGUCCAAAGCUCACAUCCAUUGCUCUGUCAAAGCAGAAAACUCAGUUGCUGCUAAGUCCGGAGGCUGUUUCCCAGGUUCGGCUUUGGUCGCAUUAAAAGACGGGAGGCAGAAGGCCGUGAAGGACCUGAGACCCGGUGACAAGGUGCUGGCGGCGGACAGCGCGGGAAACCUCGUCUACAGCGACUUCAUCAUGUUCACAGACAGAGACACGACGACGCGACGUGUGUUUUACGUCAUAGAAACAAAAGACGCCGCCGAAAAGAUCAUGCUCACCGCGGCUCACCUUCUUUUUGUCCUCGACAACUCCACGGAUGAUCUCCACACCAUGACCGCCGCCUUUGCCAGCUCUGUCAGACCCGGACAAAAGGUGAUGGUUGUUGAUGAUAGCGGUCAACUUAAAUCUGUCAUCGUGGAGCGGAUAUACACGGAGGAGCAGCAGGGCUCGUUCGCACCAGUGACCGCCCAUGGAACCAUUGUGGUCGACCGAGUACUGGCGUCCUGUUACGCCGUCAUAGAAGACCACAGUCUCGCACAUUUGGCCUUCGCGCCAGUUAGGCUGUUUUAUCACGUGUCUUCUUUCAUAUUUCCUAAAUACUUCACCAGUAAGUCCAAUGCGACUUUACAACAUGAGGGAGUUCACUGGUACUCUAAACGCCUUUAUCAGUUGGGAACGUGGCUUUUGGACAGCCACAAGCUUCAUCCUUUGGGGAUGUCAGUAAACUCAAGCUGAAAAGCCUCUUGUGGAAAUAAAGCAAGAAAUCACAUAAUGUAGGAUAUAAGACAAUAUUAGUACAAGAGAGAAUGAAAGAGAGAAAGAAAGAGAGACAAAUGCCCUAAGCGGAGAGGUGGGAUAUUUAUUACAAUGACUUUAAAAGUUGUCAUUUUCAAAGAAUUAAUGGAGCCUUAAAAGUUUUCUUUGCAUUAUUUAUUCUCGCGUGAACUCAGGCUGGUGGCACACAAACGGAAUCUAAAGCGGUGUGAUCAGCCAGUGGUGCCGAAUCUAUUUUUGUAUAUCUUCUGUAAACUGGAAAAAGACAAUAAAGAAGAGAUAAUGUAAGAAAAAACUGAAUGAAAAGAGAAACUGUCAUGAAAGGUUGUAACAUUCUGUGCAUAUGUGCAAAUGACUGUUAUAUUUUGGGGGUAAGCAAACGCCGUGGGGCUCCAGAAAUUAUAUUUUUAUACACAGAAUUGUACAUUAGAUUUUGACCGAUCGUUACCUAAUCACUUUUCGUUUUUUGAAAUAGUGUAAUAUACGAGAAUAUAUUUUAAUUUAAAUAGUCUUGUGCUGUUUUUGUUUAGAUUUUUUAUUAUUUUGUCAUUGUUUUUGUUGUCAGAAUGGGACAGACAGCCUCUAUUUCAAGGAAUAUAAGUCAUUCGUUACUUAUUUCUGGUCUCAUCGUUUUUUGUAUUUCUUUUGAGAAAAUACGAAAUGCACAUUCUGACAAAGACAGUAACGACGAUAGUCCCACAGUGGAGAGAAAAACGUUUUCGUUAAAUAAAUUAAUAAGUAACUACUGUAAAUUACUAAAAUGUAUUUUUCUUUUCAUAUUUUGUAAUAGGUAAAUAGUUUUAUAGAAAUAAAAUGCAGCUGAUGCACAGUUUGGAUAGCAUAUGACUGAGUGGCCAUAACAGCCUAUACCUUUCAUUAAGGCAAGGUGUCA